CUGGAGGCUCUCAGUCAGGCCGGUUGUGUGAGCUGUGGCUCGGUGUUAAACUGGUUGGCUGGCUGUUCACGGGGCUGGUCGGUCGUGUCGGUUUGAGGAGGGUUAGCAGCCAUGGCUCGACUCACAGCGCUACUGUUGUUACCGGUUCUUAUUGAAUCGGUAUUCUCCAUUUCUUUCUUUUUACCGGUCAACUCCAGAAAGUGUUUACGAGAGGAAAUCCACAAAGACGUCCUGGUAACGGGGGAGUAUGAAAUAACCGAGCAGGCGAGCACCAAAACUAAUCUGAAGAUCACAGAUUCCUCCAGCCACACUCUUUACUCCAAGGAAGAUGCAGUAAAAGGAAAGUUCGCAUUCACUACAGAGGACUACGACAUGUUCGAGGUGUGCUUUGAGAGCAAAUCACCUAUGGGAACCGGAAGAGUGCCUGACCAGUUGAUCAAUCUGGACAUGAAGCAUGGUGUGGAGGCCAAAAACUAUGAAGAGAUUGCCAAGGUGGAGAAACUGAAGCCUCUUGAGGUGGAGCUGAGGCGACUGGAGGACCUGUCGGAGUCCAUCGUCAAUGACUUUGCUUACAUGAAGAAGAGAGAGGAGGAGAUGCGGGACACCAAUGAGUCCACCAACACACGCGUGCUGUACUUCAGCAUAUUCUCCAUGUGCUGUCUCAUUGGGCUGGCUACAUGGCAGGUCUUCUACUUGCGGCGCUUCUUCAAGGCAAAGAAGCUGAUCGAGUAGAACGGCCCGACGCUCCUUACCUCGGGGGAAGCUGCCUGCCGGUCAGCCAACACAUCCCAACAUCCACCAUCCUUGGACUAGCUUCAGCAAACAACAGCAAGUGGGGUUGAGGGGCUCAAAUUCUAGUUUUCACGGCUGUAAGAAAAAGAGUACCAAGGUUGUCCUUUUGAAAACAAUGAUUCACCUGCUUAUUUAGUGGUUUGAAACAUGAAAAGCGCUGUAGGGAGAAAUGCACUGUGAGACAUCGGAGGUAUGUCCAUCUCAUGGUUCUUCACUUUUCUGUCUGCACUGUUUUGAAUGUUGCAGCUCACUGAAUAAGAGCUUGUUCCCUCAACCAGUUGAACAGUGAUGUUUGAUUUUGAGCUCAGUUUGAAUGGAUGUGCCAUGAGCGAAUGUCUUUUUUGCCCUUCUGUUGAUGUACACAUGCUUUGCCAUGCCAAGCAAACUAGAUCCUUGGUUCCCUUUUAUCAAGUGAAGGCUAUUUGAAAAAAGUGGUUUGUUGUUACUUUGACAAGAAAAUUAGCAACCACUGAACUUCUGUGUUAUGUCACUUAAUUUGCAUACAUGUUUGGUAGCUAAAUUUAACCGUGUCUUUAGUUUGUUUUCAUAUUGUAAAUGCUACUUAGUUGCUUCUACAGGUAUAUUUUUGGGGGGUUGUGAGCUGUCAGAGUAAUAUUCUCUUAUACAUUUAUAAAUUAGGUCACUUCUAUGAGCUCUUGCACGUUCUAGUUUUGUUUUUGAAACACCUGAACAUUAAUUUGUCAUAAAUCAAAAGUAGCCAGAAACCAAAAGCCUCGUCCUUAGGAAGGAGUUUGCAACAUUACAUUGUAUGUAUAUGGCUAUGAGUAAUUUAACCACCUGACUUCUGUGAUACAAUUCAUAAAUACAUAUGCAAGUCAGAGUGCAGCGGGUGGAGGUGUUGACAGGAAAUGUAAAGUUGGCAAUCCAAACACAUUCGGAAAUUUUCCUUUCAGUCAUGCGCCCCCUUUAUUCACACACUGGUAAAUUGAAUUAUCCUUUCGCAAUUUACAAAAUAUCACUUCCCAAUUACAGUGCCGAUCCAUCCAGCGUGCGUCUUUUCUUUAGGAAUACUUUUGAGGUUGGGUUACAUGCGAAUGUGGGUGGUUGCAAAUAUUCCGAUUCCGUUUUUCGACAGGGAUUAAUUAAUGAGGCAUCUGUCAUGGGUACAUUUUUAACAAUGAACAUGCGCGUUGUGCGCAAUCAAUGAUUUUUAUGUUGACUGAUAAAUUUUGUAAAUUUGUGUUGGGCUUUUAUUCAAUAAAAUAUUGGAUGGAUUUACAUUA